CCUUCCUUUCUACCAUUUCCUGCCGAUUGCUAGUUUCUUGGACGCCAUAUAUCCGUCUAGGGCGGCAAGCCAUGUCCAUUCUUCCAAACUCCCCGUAGUUCUUGAAUGCAUCAAUUUGCUGUUCGGUCUUCGCUGCGCUGAUUAAUUGAUUGUCUCCAAGAUGAACGACCUUUUCUCGUCGAGCUCGUUCAAGAAAUAUGCGGACGCGAGCCCGCAGCCGUCGGCGGGCGACAUGGAGGCCGGCGGCGAGAGCGUUGUGAACCUGGACAAGUUCUUCGAGGACGUGGAGGCCGUGAAGGAGGACAUGCGCGGGCUGGAGGGCAUGUACAAGCGCCUCCAGUCCGCGAACGAGGAGAGCAAGACGGCGCACGACGCGCGCGCCGUCAAGUCCCUCCGCGCCCGCAUGGACGCCGACGUCGAGCAGGUCCUCCGUCGCGCCAAGGCCGUCAAGGGCAAGCUCGAGGCCCUCGACCGCUCCAACGCCACCUCCCGCAAGGUCCCCGGAUGCGGGCCAGGCUCCUCCACCGAUCGCACCCGCACCUCCGUCGUCGCCGGCCUCGGCAAGAAGCUCAAGGACAUCAUGGAUGACUUCCAGGGGCUGAGGACGAGGAUGGCGGCGGAGUACAAAGAGACGGUGGCACGGCGGUACUACACGGUGACGGGGGAGAAGGCGGAGGACAGCACGAUCGAUGCGCUCAUCUCGUCGGGGGAGAGCGAGUCGUUCCUGCAGAAGGCGAUCCAAGAGCAAGGGCGUGGGCAGGUGAUGGACACCAUCUCGGAGAUCCAGGAGCGGCACGACGCCGUGAAGGAGAUCGAGCGCAGCCUGAUGGACCUGCACCAGGUGUUCCUCGACAUGGCGGCGCUCGUCGAGGCGCAGGGCCACCAGCUCAACGACAUCGAGAGCCACGUCGCGCACGCCAGCUCCUUCGUGCGCCGCGGCACCGUCGAGCUGGAGACCGCGCACGAGUACCAGAAGAGCAGCCGCAAGUGGAUGUGCAUCGCCGUCCUCGCCGGGAUCGUGCUCGUCGCCGUCCUCGUCCUGCCCGUGCUCGUCAACCUCCGCAUCUUAACGCUCCCCACCAGAUGA